CAGCUCAUUCUUCUUCAUAGUAAGUUCUUUGAUAAUACUUCCGCCUGCCGCCUGUUGUUGACUUUUAGGCCACCUGGUGAACUUAACCGAAUAAUAUGCUUUUAAUGUUGGAAGAUGAGCACAAGGAGCACCUUAGCUUCUUAAUGAAAGUUGAGCUUGAAGUGGUUCAGAAAUUUUGUCAAAUUGCUUUGGAAUUUCUAAAGAAAGGUUCAAAUCCCAAGCUUUAUCAAUCUGCUGCUCAGAAAUUGUCAGUUGAUGCACUUACAGUUCAAAAUGGUGUCCAGGGACUUAUGUAUUUAUUAACAGAGAGCUCAAAAUUGAUGGUAUCAGAGAUAGACUUUCAAGACUCGAUUCUAGUGCUAGGUUUCAAUGAAGAAUUAAAGAAAGAACUUCUACGGGUGUAUUUGGAUAACCGGAAGGAGAUCAGAGAAAUUUUGUCAGAGAUGUCGAUGGAUUUUCCUCAUUAUCACAACUUGGAGUGGAGGCUAGACAUAGAGUUGGCAAGUCGAUCUCUUCGACAUCAAGUGAAUCCUAACAUUCUGUUGAAACUGCACACCAAAGACUACGAUGAAGAAGAAACAACCAUCCUGCAGACCGACCCAGUGAACCUUGUCCACAUGACUGAAGUUUUAGAAGAUGCAUUAGCCCAAGUUAAAGCACAACAUAGCCGACGAAUUUUACGCAACAUCAAUAAAUGAUAACCGAUAUGAAAUAUUACAGUUAUUUUAUAUACAAUAUACAGUACAACAAAAAAUUAUUAUAACAAUAGCUGUAUUGGAGGGGAAACUAUCAUUUUUGUUAUUGCCAGAGUUUUUAUACUAAAAUAGAUUCCAAAAAUGUGUGUCCCUCCCUUCUCCAUGUUUCUAAAAUCAUAAUAAUAAUAUUAUUAUAAUUAUAUUAUAAUUAUAAUUUACCUGUAAUUUGUAGGACAUGUAUUUAAAGUAUACUCUGGUGGUCCUAUAGAAAUUCGCUAACCUUACCACCACAAUAAAUAUUUUAAUGUUAUGUAUUUGUUACAUCAUUGGGGCUUGUCAAUAAAACAUAUUUGUACAGUA